CCCAGGCUCCAAGCUGUGUGUUGUUUGGGGGGGUCAAGAUGAGCAGCCCGUGCCUGCUGCGCGCCGCCCCUAUCAGCCAACCCCGGCUCCGAGAGGUCAAGAUCAGCCUCAAGUCCAGCAGCAGGGAGACCGCAGCCGUCCGCACCGGCGCACCGGCCAAGGAGGCUGCCAGCCGGCCCUAUGCCCCGCCGGAGAAGGAGGCCCCGGCGCGGGUCGGCCCGAGCGGCAGCCGGAGCAGGAGCACCCCACCUGUCCACCGGGCCCAGCGCGCCGAAACCAGGAGGACGGCGAGGGGAGAGGGGCGCAGCGGCAGGCAGCAGGAGCCGCAGCACCACCCGGAGAGGAACGGGACCCUCCUGCACGUUCCUCUCACCGUGGCCCCCGCGGGACUCCUCUCCCCCUUCUCCUCGUCCUCCUCCUCAUCCUCCUCCUGCACCCCCAGACGUCAGCGGCCCUCUACCCUGCACCCUCCCCCCGCCCCUGCCCCUGCCCCCACCCCAACCCCCGCCCCCGCCCCCUCCUCCUCCUCUUCUUCCUCGGCCAAGAGUAUGAAGCGGGCGCGCUGGCUGAGCUUCAGCACCUCCAACAUCUGUUUCAACUCCAUCCUGGAUGGACGCUUCAGGCAGUUGCAAGAUGAGCGUGAGGCGGUUCAGAAGAAAACCUUCACCAAGUGGGUCAACUCCAUCUUGUCCCGGGUCGGCUGUCGCAUCUCUGACCUCUACCUGGACCUGCGGGAUGGACGCAUGCUCAUUAAACUGCUGGAGGUCCUCUCCGGCGAACGACUGCCAAAGCCCACCAAGGGCCGCAUGCGUAUCCACUGUCUGGAGAACGUGGACAAGGCCCUGCAGUUCCUCAAGGAGCAGAGGGUCCACCUGGAGAACAUGGGCUCCCACGACAUCGUCGACGGCAACCAUCGCCUCAUACUGGGCCUCAUCUGGACCAUCAUCCUGCGCUUCCAGAUCCAAGACAUCAUUGUGGAGACCGGUCAGGCGGACCAAAAGGAGACACGCUCAGCCAAAGACGCUCUUCUUUUGUGGUGUCAGAUGAAGACUGCAGGCUAUCCCAAUGUCAACAUCACCAACUUCACCACCAGCUGGAAAGACGGCAUGGCCUUCAACGCUCUCAUACACAAACACCGGCCAGAUCUGGUUGACUAUAACAGCCUGAAGAGGUCCAACCCGACCCACAACCUCCAGAAUGCCUUCAACGUAGCAGAGCAGAAACUUGGCGUGACCAAACUCUUAGACCCAGAAGAUGUGUUCACUGAGAAUCCAGAUGAGAAGUCCAUCAUCACAUACGUCGUGGCGUUCUAUCACUACUUCUCGAAGAUGAAGCAGCUCGCCGUCGAGGGCAAAAGGGUCGGAAAGGUGCUGGAUCAUGCCAUCGAGACCGAGAAGAUGAUUGACAAGUACGAGACGCUGGCAUCAGACCUUCUGACGUGGAUCGAGCAGACCAUCAUCGUGCUGAACAACCGGAAACUGGCCAACUCUCUGACCGGAGUGCAGCAGCAGCUUCAGGCCUUCAACUCCUACCGCACUGUAGAGAAGCCGCCCAAGUUCCAGGAGAAAGGUAACCUUGAGGUGCUGCUGUUCACCAUCCAGAGCCGCAUGAGGGCCAACAACCAGAGGGUCUACACUCCUAAAGAGGGAGCUCUUGUCGCAGACAUCAACAGGGCCUGGGAGCGUCUGGAGAGGGCGGAGCAUGAGCGGGAGCGCGUCCUGAGGGAUGAGCUGAUCAGACAGGAGAAGCUGGAGCAGAUGGCCAGGAGAUUCGACAGGAAGGCUGCCAUGAGGGAGACCUGGCUCCUGGAGAACCAGAGACUAGUGGCUCAGGAUAAUUUUGGCUAUGACCUGCCAGCAGUGGAGGCAGCGAAGAAGAAGCAUGAUGCCAUUGAGACGGACAUUGCUGCAUAUGAGGAGCGUGUUCAGGCCAUGGUGGCCAUCUCAAAGGAGCUGGAGUCUGAGCGUUACCAUGACGCCAAGCGGAUUGACGCGCGCAAAGACAACAUCCUGCGUCUGUGGGACUACCUGCAGGAGCUGCUGAAGGCCCGCGGGGGGCGACUGGAGAAGAACCUGACCCUGCAGAGGAUCUUCCAGGAGAUGCUCCACAUCAUCAACUGGAUGGAUGACAUGAAGGCUCGGCUGCUGUCCCCUGACUUUGGUAAACACUUGCUUGAAGUGGAAGACUUGUUACAGAAACAUGCUCUGGUGGAGAAUGACAUCGCUUUGCAGGCAGAAAGGGUACAGAGUGCCAACGCAGCUGCCCUUAAGUUCGCCAAUGGAGACAGCUACAAGCCAUGUGAUCCCCAGGUGAUCCGGGACAGGGUGCAGCACCUGGACUUGUGCUACCAGGAGCUGUUGGCUCUGGCAGCCCAGCGCCGGGCUCGUCUGGAGCAGUCCCGCCGCUUCUGGAACUUCCUGUGGGAGAUGGCAGAGCUGGAGAGCUGGAUCAAGGAGAAGGAGCACAUCUUCUCCUCCCUGGACUAUGGCAAGGACCUAGCAAGCGUGCUGCUCCUCCAGAGCAAACACAGUGCCUUCGAGGACGAGCUUGGGGCCCGCCGUGCCCACCUCCAGCAGGUCAUGGCUGAGGGAGAUAAGAUGAUCCAGGCCAAGCACUUUGGCACCCCGAAGGUUCAAGAACGCAUGGACGACGUCAGGAGGCAGUGGCAGCAGCUGGAGGAGCUGGCAGCGUUUCGGAAACAGAACCUGCAGGACACUCAGAGGUUCUUCCAGUUUCAGGGAGAUGCUGAUGAACUCAAGGCCUGGCUAUUGGAUGCCAAGAGGCAGAUGAGCAGUGAUGAUGUUGGUCAUGAUGAGUACACCACCCAGAGGCUACUGAAAAAGCACAACGACCUGAAGAAUGAAGCAGUCAAGAAUGGAGCUACGAUUGAUGCUCUGACCAAACAAGCCAACUCGCUGCCAGAGGAGCUACGAAACACCCCAGACAUUGAGAGACGUCUGAAAGACAUCAAGGACUUGUACAUGGAGCUCAUGUCCCUGGCUGACCUGAGACAGAAGAAGCUGGAUGACACUAUGGCCCUGUACACUAUCUUCAGUGAGACAGAUGCCUGUGAGCUGUGGAUGGGCCAGAAGGAGACGUGGUUGGUGGGCUUGGAGGUGCCUGAGAAGCUGGAGGACCUGGAAGUUGUACAGAAUAGGUUGAGCAUUCUAGCUCAGGAUAUGGCAAAUGUUCAGUCAAGGGUUGAUGAUGUUAACAAAGCUGUAAAACAGCUUGAGGACGGCAGACACCCACGCACCAAAGAGGUCAAGGAAUGUCAGACACGUCUGAAUAAGAGGUGGGAGGCCUUCAAGGCCAUGGUGGAGGAUAAGAAGAGGAAAGUGGAUUCUGCAGUUAGUCUGCAAAACUAUGGGCUGGAGUGUGAUGAGACAGAGGCCUGGAUCAAAGACAAGACACGGCUGAUCGAGUCCACACAGGACCUGGGCAACGACCUGGCAGCUGUCAUGACUAUUCAGCGGAAACUGUUUGGCAUAGAGAGAGAUCUGGCCGCCAUCGAUACCAAGCUCACCUUCCUGAGGCAAGAGGCUGAGCAGCUAGCCAAGGACCACCCAGAUUACGGAGCUGACAUCCUGGGCCGCAGAGGGGAGCUGGACGAUGCUUGGGACACGCUGAGGAAGACCUUGAAAGACAGAGAGGACUCACUGGGUGAGGUUAGCAAGCUGCAGACCUUCCUCCAAGACAUGGACGACUUCCAGUCCUGGCUCUACAAGGCCCAGAAGGCUGUGGCGUCAGAGGAAAUGCCCACCACGCUGCCGGAGGCUGAGCAGCUGCUGAGCCUUCACGACGCGGUGCACGAAGACAUAAACAGCCAUGAGGAGGACUAUCUCCGUGUGAAGGACACCGGUGCCCAGGUCAUUCAGGAUCAGGAGGACGACCCUCAGUACCAGCAGCUAGAGCAGAGGCUGAGCGGCCUGGACCGUGGCUGGUAUGAGCUCCAGAAGAUGUGGGACAGCCGUAAGACCUUCUUGGACCAGGGCCUUGGCUUCCAGCAGUUCAUGAGGGAUGCCAAGGCUGUGGAGGCCAUCCUCAACAACCAGGAGUACACCUUGGCCCACAUAGACAAGCCUGACACUCUGGAUGGGGCGGAGAUGGCUCUGAAGAAGCAUGAGGACUUUGUGAGCACCAUGGAGGCCAACGAAGACAAGAUCGACGGCGCCCUGCAGGGAGGACAGCGGCUGGUGGACAGUAAGAACCUCUACUCUGGGAAAGUCCAAGAAAAAAUGGAUUCCAUCCGAGACAGGCAUAACACCAAUAAAAGAAGAGCCCAGGAGGUGUCAGAGAAACUCAGAGAUAAUCGCGACCUGCAGCACUUCCUGCAAAACACUCAGGAUCUGACUCUGUGGAUCAAUGAGAAGAUGCUGACGGCUCAGGACACAUCAUACGACGAGGCCAGGAACCUCCACAGCAAGUGGCAGAAACACCAAGCCUUCAUGGCUGAGCUGGCCUCCAACAAAGACUGGCUCAACAAAGUAGACCAGGAGGGUCAUGAGCUGAUGGAGUCCAAGCCUGAAUUUGAGCCCAUAGUGAAGGAGCGUCUGGCCAAGCUCCAUGAACUGUGGGACAAACUGGAGUCCACGACCCAGGAGAAGGCCCGGCUGCUGUUUGAUGCCAACCGCUCGGAGCUGUUCGACCAGAGCCUGGCUGACAUGAAGAAGUGGCUCGGUCAGCUGCAGCAGCAGCUCCAGAGUGGAGAUGAGGAGGUUAAAGACCUGACUAACGCCAACAUCUUGCUCAAGAAGCACCAGAUGACGGAGAACCAGGUGCGUGACCGGGCACGGGAGCUGGAGGAGCUCCAGGAGGCCGUCCAGAAGCACGGAGGAGGCAGGGAGGACCAGCCGGAGCUGGAGGCCGAGCAGCAGGCCCUGCAGCGGGACUUCCAGCAGCUCCUCACGCCCCUGGCCCAGCGCAAGGGCAAGCUGGAGGCCGCCAAGGCUGUCCAUCAGUUCUACAGAGACCUGGCUGAUGAGCUUCUCUGGGUAAAAGAGAGGAUGCCCCUGGCAAUGUCACAAGAGCACGGCCACAAUCUUCAGACUGUGCAAAUGCUGUUGAAGAAGAACCAGACGUUGCAGAGGGAAAUCGAGGGCCACCAGCCUCGCGUCGACGAGGUGCUGGAGCGGGGAAGGAGGAUGGCGGCCGCUGCCAGCGCGGAGGACAGGCCGGAGGCUGACCGCAUCACGGACCAGGUGACGGAGCUGGAGGAGGCGUGGUCGCGCCUGCAGGACGAGAUGGACAAGCGCAGAGACAGGCUCAACGGCUCCAACCUGGCCCAGCAGUACUACAACGACGCGGACGAGGCCGAGGCCUGGAUAGGAGAGCAGGAGCUUUACAUGAUCGCUGAUGAGAAGGCCAAGGAUGAGCAGAGUGCCAUGCUGAUGCUGAAGCGGCACCUCAUCCUCAAACAGGCGGUGGACGACUACGCCGACUCCAUCCAGAAGCUGGCUGACCGUGCACAGAAAAUGUUUGCUGAGGAUCACCCCGACGGCGAGGACAUCAUCAGGCGACAGGGCCAGGUGGACAAGCAGUACGCGGGGCUGAAGGAACUGGCCGAGGACCGCAGGAAGAAGCUGGACCACACCUACCACCACUUCCUGCUGAGCCGAGAGGUGGAGGACCUGGAGCACUGGAUCGCCGAGAAGGACGUGGUGGCCUCCUCUCAGGAGAUGGGCCAGGACCUGGACCAUGUCACGAUUUUGAGGGAUAAGUUCCGUGAGUUUGCUCGGGAGACGGGGAUGGUGGGCCAGGAGCGAGUGGACAUGGUCAACCAGACGAUAGACGAGCUGAUCGAGGCCGGCCACAGUGAGGCGGCCACCAUGGCGGAGUGGAAGGACAGCAUCAAUGAGAGCUGGGCUGACCUGCUGGAGCUCAUCGACACUCGGGCUCAGCUCCUCACCGCAUCCUACGAGCUGCUCAAGUACUUCGACGAUGGGAAGGAGCUGGUGGCUCAGAUCCUCGAGAAGCAGAACGAGCUGCCCGAUGAUGUGGGAGAGGAUUUCAGCAAGGCCGAGUCCUUCCAUCGCAUGCACGCUGCCUUUGAGAGAGACAUCACAGCUCUAGGCAAACAGGUUCAGCAGUUCCAGGAGACGGCCACGCGGCUCAAAGCCCAGUAUGCAGGGGACAAGGCGGCUGCCAUCCAUGCCACAGAGAAAGAGGUGGAGGAGGCGUGGAAGGGCCUGCUGGACGCCUGCGAUGGCCGCAGGGCGCGACUGGUCGACACGGCGGAGAAGUUCCGCUUCUUCACCAUGGUCAGAGACCUGAUGGCCUGGAUGGAGAGCAUCAUCCAGCAGAUAGAGACUCAGGAGAAGCCCAGGGAUGUCUCAUCCGUGGAGCUGCUACAGAAGUACCAUCAGGGGAUCCGCUCGGAGAUCGAGGCCAGGGGCGCGAAAUUCACCGACUGUGUAGAUCUGGGCAAAGCCCUGCUGACUCGCAAGCACAGAGACUCUGCCGAGAUCAAAGAGAAGCUGGUGCAGCUGAUGGAGAAGAGGAAAGAGAUGAUGCUCAAGUGGGACGACAGAUGGGACUGGCUCAGGCUUUUGCUGGAGGUGUGCCAGUUUGCUCGGGACGCCUCGGUGGCGGAGGCCUGGCUCGUAGCCCAGGAGCCCUACGUGGCCAGUAAGGACCUGGGCCACACCGUGGACGAGGUGGAGAAACUCCUCAAGAGGCACGAGGCCUUCGAGAAAUCCACCGCCACCUGGGAGGAGCGCUUCUCAGCACUGGAGCGCCUCACCACCCUGGAGUUGCUGGAGCUGAGGAAGAAGCAACAGGAAAUGGAGGAGUACAGAAAAGAGGAGCCACGCUCGGAUAAGGACAGCAAGAGAGAAGACACAGGCUUUGUAGAAGACUCCUCACAGCUCUACACCAUUGAGGAACAGACUCUGUCCGGUUCUGCCGCAGUGGAGCCCGUUUCGGGGCCCACAGAGGGGACGCCAGGUGACACCACGGCACCCAUGGUGUCAGAGAUGAGAGAGAGCGCCUCCCUGGAGCUGGAUCCCUCCGUCUCGGCGUCGAUCUCCAAGGAACCAGAGAGGGCCUCCACCAUGCCCACAGAGCCCCUCCGAGCCCAGGCCGUCCUGCUGGAGGGCACGUUGGGCCGCAAACAUGACAUGGAAGGCUCAGGGAAGAAGGCCUCAAAUAGGUCGUGGAACAACUUGUACUGUGUGCUGAAGCCAGGCCAGCUCUCCGCCUACAAGGAUGCCAAGAGCUUUGGCCACGGCGUGACGUACCAUGGCGAGGACCCCCUGUCUCUCAGCAAUGCCAGCUGGGAAAUCCUCACCAACUACAAGAAAAAGAAGCACGUCGCCAAAUUACGCCUUGGAGAUGGAACUGAAUAUUUGUUCCAGUGUAAAGACGAGGAGGAGCUCCAGCGCUGGACCCAGGCCAUGGAGAAGGCUGUUCAGCCCACGGUAGCGGAGGAGGCGUCGGGGCCCUCGGGGGCCAAAGCCCACAGCCUGCCCCCGCCCUCCUCCUCAACUGCCCUGCCUGAGCCCAGCUCUGCCAAGAAAGACAAGGAGAAGAAGUUCAGUCGCUUCGCCAAGAAGAAGUGAAAGAAGAUGGGCAAGCCAUCAGGCGUUGUUGCCUAGGCAACCUGGAAAGAGGAAGUGUUAGUGUACAAUCAGUCAAAGCAAGCUUUUUAUCACUAUAGAAUUUUUUUUAUAUAUUGUUUUUGCAAGAAUUAAGAUUGAUGAGGUAAUGUAGUUUAGAUUAUAGCCACCACUCUGUUGCCUGUAUUUUAGCCCGUGUAUUAUUGCAAAGGUCCACAUUUUUUUUCUUAAUGUGUCCUUUUUAACAAAUGCCAAAUUCAAAGCAUUAAUAAGCACAGGAAUGCUCUUUUCACACUCAACCAAAGAAUGAUUGUAAAAUGUCCUUUCUUUUCCUUUUAAUUUUGUUGCAAUUUUUGCUUCCUUACGGCAUGCUUUGACAUAGCUAUGUAUGAUAUGUAGGCCUGUUCUGAAAUGGUGUGACUCAAAGAGUAUUUAACUCCUCUGAGUACUUUAAUUAAUCUGCCUUAUGAAAUGGUUGUGAACUGUUAUACUGUGCUGUUUGAAUUUGGAGCACUACAUGCUACUCAUAGACCCAGACUGAGCAUAGCAGGCUUUAAAAAGCUUUGUACAUGCGAUAUAAGGACUUGGUGGUACAGUGCUGGUCGGUGUGCGCACACAUACACACACACACACACACACAUACACACACGCACACACACCGAGUAUAACUGCAGGUAUGCUAACUAAAUGCUCUAUGCACUGUGAAGGUUUUGCCUGUCGAGAUGUUCUCACAGAGAUGAUGAUUAUAUAUUGAUAACUGAUGAUGACAAAUGAGCAGUCGUGCUACACCACAAUACAGUCAGUUUUGAAUACAGGUGCAUUUAUGCGAUAUUUUCAACUGAACUGUGGCAAUAUUUAUUUCUGUGAACUUGAAAUAUAUUCAACACUUGUGUAUUGAAAUCCAAAUUUCCUAUCUAUUCUUAAAUAUAUCUAUAUAUCUAUCUACAGAUGCAUGAAGUUAAGAUGUUUUAAUGUUAGUUUGAUAUGGUGCUAUGGUGAUAUUCUUAAACCUUCGAUCGAGGCCAACUUGACCUGCCUUAUUUGCCCUCAACUUUGGCUUGUAGUUGCACGCAUGCAAAAAAAAAACAAAACAAAAAACAUCCAAUUAGCAUUCGACCUCACAAGCGAGACUCAAUUUGCCACGCGAAACUUUUAAUAAACGCCGAGUCUCAGAAUUAUGAACCUCGUCUCGGCACCAGGUGCAGAGGCAAAACUCGCCUGGGGUGUUAUUUAUUACGAAUUUUGCGGUGGCCAGGUGAGCCAAAGUCCAGGGGCAAAAGCUGUGGGUCGGAUGAAUCUUGACUGCUCUUCCAAACCACGCCGCAGGACCAGACAAGCUCUUUAUUUCUUUAAAGCAAGGAUCAUACAGUAGCAACACGGAGCUGGAGGAAUGUGUCUUUUCGAUGAAUGUAGGAGAAGAGAAAGUGAUGCGGAAAGAGGGAAGUGAGCCUGUGAAUGAGAAUUUGGGGAAUUUAAGAAUUUCAACAGAGGAGCCAUUAUUGAAGAGAUAAUUCAAGUCAGUACAUGCAUACAGGGAAUACAUGAUGUACAGUAUAUGGAACUGAAUUUGCAUUAUUAUCUAUUACAAGGACGCUGGCUCACACAGACACACACAUACACACACACACACAGAGACACACACACACACUCCCCGCACUCCCACUGCCAUCUUGCCUUGUACUGUGGGCUCUGUCCCUGAACUCUGAUCUAACUUAAGUGACCUCAUCUAAAUUAUUCAAGUCAGAUAAGAGAGAGAGAGACUGCUCCAAUCCCAGUUUUCCAAAAAAAAAAAAAAAAAAAGAAAAAAGAAAAAAAAAAUGGUAGCAUGAUGAUGAUCUCUAUCUAAUCUUAGGGUGCAUUUACACAGGAACAAAAUAUCUUGAGUUUAAAUCUUUGCGGUUCAGAUGUGAGCUUCUCAUGGGUUUCUGGACAGGAAAAAUUAAGUGUGCAGGUAUCUUGGUGCUCAGAGGACCGUGAAAAUAUCACAUCUCUGCCGCAAGGAGAUCUGAUUUUUCUUUUUUGUACCUACAACCUGAGUUUUUUUUUUUUUUUUUUGGGAAACUAGGGCCCCCAUGUACUUUGUCUUGUUUUCAUCGGUCAUAUCUACAGUAAUCUACUCAGAUGAAGUGUUCAUCUGUCUUUACCUAGCCGACAUUUCCUACUCUCUCACCUCCGUCCACUUCCCUUUACUCCUCUGCUCCUUCGUACCUGCCCUCUCUGGUCAGUGGUUUUUAAUCAGCAUUUUAUACUCUCUAGCUAUGUAAAAUAUCCAAAAUGUUGACAGGAAGUAUCAAAUACAUUUUGAGAGAAUAAACUUGAAAACAAACUCCUAAAA